CGAUGCAAAUUCAUUCAUCAAUCAGGAUGUCUGUUCAAAUGAUUAUCGUCCCUCUAUUGUUUUCAAUAUGCAUAGCUACUUUAUCCUUAGGUUGUCAAGUGAAACAACACAUUGAGGGAGAAUCUUUUAUUUGUGUUUGUAAUGAGGAGCAUUGUGAUUCAAUCAGUACUGAACCUAAUUCCUUAGAUGAUCAUUUAACCAUAUUUCAAACUGAUAAAUCAUCUCAUCGUCUAGCAAAGAGUCUUAUCCAUGUAAAUGAUUUGAUAACCGAUUCUGGUGAAAUUGCUGAUAUUCAUGUAUUGAUCAAUGCAACGGAUCGUAAACAGCAAAUUAUUGGUUUUGGAGGAGCUUUCACAGAUGCAACUGGAAUCAACAUCAACAAAUUACCUGACAGUUUAGCUGACAAAUUGAUUGAAGACUAUUUUGGUCCAAAUGGAUUACAAUAUACAGUCUGUCGAGUUGUUAUUGGAGGCUCUGACUUCUCAGAUCGACCCUAUUCAUAUGAUGAUGUUGAAAACGAUUUUGAAUUGAAACACUUUUCCCUAGUCAACGAUGAUUAUCAGUACAAAAUAAAAUACAUUAGAAAAGCUUUGAAUUUGACUUCAGACCUGAAAUUAUUUGGUUCAUCUUGGUCACCACCUACAUGGCUGAAAACCAGUGGAAAGUUUAAUGGUCUUGGUAUAUUGAAAGAUGAACCAGGAAGCAUCUAUUGGAAAACUUAUGCCAAUUAUUUAGUGAAAUUUUUACAAGCCUAUGAAGCUCUUGGUAUCAAUUUUUGGGGAUUAACUCCUGAAAAUGAGCCUAAUGUUGGUCUUAACCCUGGAUGGAGAUGGAAUGCCUUAGGUUUCACUGGUAGCAUGAUGAGAGAUUUCAUCAAAAAAGAUUUAGGUCCAGCUCUAAAGGCAGCCGGUUAUGAUAAAGAGAAGCUGAAAAUGAUGAUAUACGAUGACAAUUUGUCUAACCUUAACUACUUUAUAAAUGGGAUAGUCAAUGAUCCUGAAGCUGCUCAAUAUGUCUCGGGUAUUGCCUAUCAUUGGUAUACACGAAAAUAUCAUGAGGCUCUGAGUGAAGCUCAUUAUGCUCAUCCUGAGUAUUUUUUACUGUCAACUGAAGCUUGUGAAGGAUUCAGAUCUACUGAGGCUCACUUGACAUUGGGAAACUGGACUCGAGCUGAAAAUAUUGCUGCUGAUGUGAUUGAGGGUCUCAACAAUUGGUCAAAUGGUUGGGUUGACUGGAAUCUUGUGCUUGAUGAAAAUGGUGGACCCAAUUGGGCUGGAAAUUGGGUUGACGCUUUUAUUUUCGUUAAUGACUCGGCACCAGAAUAUUACAAACAGCCAAUGUUUUAUGCAUUUGGACAUUUUAGUAAAUUCUUGAGACCUGGUUCUACUCGUGUUGGUCAUUCAAUUAGCGCAGGAAUGGUCGAUGAAAACGUAAAAAUAACAACAUUCUUGAGUCCAUCCAAUGACUUGAUCUUUACAUUACUAAACAGAAAUCAAAAGUCUAUCAAAUUGUCAAUUGCUGGUUUUGAUGAGAAACCAUUUCUUUUUACCUUUGAACCAAGAUCUAUUACAACGAUAAUAAAACCAUUGAAAUGAACUUA